CUUGUGUGGAUUGUUGCAACAUUGUCAGCAGCCAUUGGUGGGAACGGUGCCUUUGUAGCCUAGUGCUAGCUCAUGCCACCAGUUCCUUUGAUCUGCAUCAAAGCGUUCUAUUUCUCAAAGGGCUCUCCGUCGGCAAUGUGUGUGGGGACUUGUUCUCGGAUCCUAGGCCUAUGCCUCUUGACCCUGGGCCUGCUUUCCAUUGUUGCCAACAUUCUCCUACUCUUUCCCAGCUGGGAAUGGCAUUAUCUGAAGAUGGGCCACAUCACAAAGAAAGCUAUGCUGGUGCCAGGAGUGUGGGGAGGAGGUCUGCUGGUCAUUCCUGCUGCAGUUCAGAUCACAGCCGUUGGUUGGAAGGGGAAGAACUCUUGCAGCUCUGGAACUUGCCAAAAGAUGUUUCUCUCCAUUGUGUUAUCAGGACUGGCAUUGCUGGGAUCAGCUGCUUGCUUUAUUCUGUCUGGUGUGGGCUUGACAGAGGGACCUCUCUGCCUCCAUAUUUCCACCCACAAUGAGUUUAAGAUGAAGCAGUGGGGUUAUCCAUUCCUUAAAGUAGACAAUCAGGCCUCAAAUAUCAAGACUCAGAAUUACUUGUAUGAUCCUUCCGUAUGGAACUCUGUUUGCAUCGAGCCACAGAAUGUUGUGAGUUGGAAUGUCUAUUUCUUCUCUGCCCUCUUAAUCAUCAGCACAGUUGAGAUGGUCCUUGCGGCUCUCCAGAUCAUCAAUGGCUUUUUUGGAUGUGUCUGUGGCUUAUGUGAAAAGAAAUAGGUAACAGAAAAGAAACAGACUUCUUAGGCAGGAUGUUACUCAAAGCAGCAGGAAGGGGAAAGAGAGAGGGGAGCCCCCAAAAUAACCAAAAUAACCGCUCAGUGUUAUAGCCAUAGGGGUCCUGCAUCAAGACCAUAUCCCAAGAUGGAGUAAGGAGGAGGCUGCAGGCAUAAUUGGAUUUGUCUCCAGUCCACCAGGUGCCAAUCAAGUCUCAGGUUACACAGUUUCAUUAUAUCUUUUAUUGGACCAGUUUAAGUUGGCUCGGCAGUAUGCAUACUUUUGAAUGGCAGAAUGCAUACUUACGAGUCUUAGUCAAACUCUGAUGAAGAUUUCUAUGAAACUCCAAAGCCAGCAUACUCAGGCACCAUCUGAAGCAACUUAUUUCCCCCCCAUAGAAAUCUUCGUCAACUACUGUCAGGAAUUGCUGCCGCUAAGAGAAUGCUUACUGUGUCACAGAGUUAGGAAGUCGACCUGGAAUUAUUGACCAGAUUUCUUUAAUAAUUAGUAAUGCUCUCAUGUUUAUUUAUUAAUUAUUUAUACUUCAUAUCUCCCCAAACCCUUGAUUCUUAUAUUAAAAGAGGACAUGUUCCUGUUAUUUCUGAAACCCAAGCACUCUUGCUGGCAUGAGCAGAGCUUGGAAGAUUACUUUUAAAAAGUAAUAAGUUACAGUUACAUGGCCCCCCAAAAGUAGUAAUUAUUGUUACAAUUACAGUUGCUCUGAAAGUAAUUGAUUACUUUAUGUUUACUCAAAAGUAAUUGCUACAAUUACAUUUUAGUAACUUUUUUUAAAAAAAUUGCCUACAAGGUGCUGGCCUUGGCUGCUGCACAUCUGAGUAGCCUAAAACAACAUUAAAAAAGCACACACACAGAGAGGAUAGUAGAAUAAUUUUUUUAUCCAUAAGAUUAACAGAAUGGCAUAACAGAAUCUCAUAUCCCCUCCCCUCACCCCCAGCAAUGAUGAUAUCCCAACACACAUAUUUUUGUAUGUGUAUAUAUAUAUAUUGCCUCCAGCUUUUUUCUUUCCACUCCUGUCAAUUUUAAAACAAUUGUUUUCUCCACCCUGUCUCGCUCUCCACCUCCUCCCUCGUUGCCUCCUAAGCACCCAUAGAGCAUGAAGAAAGAACAACGCUGUACAGAAGCCCAAUUUGAAGCACAUGAUUUUUACAGGCGGGCCCCGUUUAUAUGGCAGGUUCCAUUCCGGACUGCCGCCGUAAAGCAGAAAUCACCAUUAAGCGGACCCAAUGAAGAUAAUGGGGCGCGUCAUGUGAAAAUGAUGCUAAAAUGUUGCAAAAUGUCGCAAAAGCGGCCUUAAAAUGGGGAAUUUCCCCUAAUUGAAAGCCACAGCAUCAGCGGAAUGCCGGAAAACGGAACGCUGGUAAGCGAGGCCCUACUGUAUUCACAAAUCAGAGGAGCAGAAGACUUCCCCUGCUCCUCCACAAGUAAUGCGCAAAAGUAAUGCUGGAAACAUUACAAUUACUCCUCAAAAGUAAUGAAGUUACUUCUCGUUCUAUUGCCAGCAAAAUGUAAUGAAGUUACCCACUCGUUACUCAAAAAAGUAAUAAAUUACAAGUAAUUCGUUACUUGUAACUAGUUACUUCCAAGCUCUGACAUCAAGGCAGAAAGCACUUUCAUUUUUUCUAGGGAAAAAAGAGCUACAGGAGACAUGAAUGGAACGUUUUUGCACCCAGGUUCUGGUUGUAUCAAGUCCCCUGAUUUUGGAGCUCCACCUUCUACCUCACUUACACAGGGCCCUCAAGUUAGAAGGCCAAAUCAGAUGAGCAGUACCUUUUUUAGUUCAUACUGUAUUAUCAAUGCACAGGUUCGUAUCAUGGCAUGGUUGGCAAGUGGAAAGAGGUUGAGAAAGGAUCAGUGUUGCAUUCUUCAGACUCUAAAAUUUAGACCCAGUCCAGUGCCAGAAAUAUGUAACUUCUUCUCAAGCAAAAGGCAAGAAUUGGUCAGAUACAAAGCAGAGUAACACCAAGGAGAUAUCCCUGAUCUGUUUUGCCCACCUCAGAGGCCCUUCAGGGGUCUGGAAAAGGGACCUGCCUUCUUUAACUCUCUUCCCCAACCCAUUCCUUUACUCCAGGAAUGGGGAACCUACAGCCAUUCCAUCAUUCCUGAACAUUGGCCAUGCCGGCUGGGGCUGAUUAGAGUUGGCAUCCAACAACAUCUGGAGGGCCAUGAGUUCCCCACCCCUGGAGUAAAGGAACAUAUAGAGUUGCCCAGCUAGAACCCAGAGACUCACACAAUACUUUUAUAUAUUCUUAUUAACAAUGAUAUUUAAUGAGUUUAAAAUGUGACUCCUUAAGGAAAAUAUAGAGCAUUUGACAAAUAUACAGCUCCUUUUUCAUGAAUUGUGGUAUUUUCCUAUAAAGGUGGGAAAGAUGAAUGCUAUUGGGAAGGGCUGGAAAGGGGAGCUGUGUUUUCAGGCUUAUGUUUUGUACCUUCUGUUACAAGAAUAUGUCUGGGAGACUCAGAAGUACCCUAUUAUUUUCAAGAGAGAAAGAAUACUUUUGAGUGGCAUGACCUGUAUUUCUUCCUCCAUGUCUUUCAAAGCAUGUCAGAAAGCAUUUGCCUAGCCAUAUUAUGCUCAGACCUUGUUUUGUGUUAAUUGCCACCAUAGUAUUGAUGGAAACUGCUGAAAACCUGUGUCAAAAUAA